CUGUCUUUCUAUCUCGAGCGAUCGCAACAGCAUCAAGAACAAUGAUGAUACAAAAAAAAUGUAGAGCCAUUAUUCUACAUAGAUGACUUGGGAUGACUCAAAAAAUUUACACAUGGCAUGACAAUAGGCUUAAGGCUUUCGAGCACCACCCAGCCAACAACAAGGUGUGUGUGCGUAGCGGGUUUCGGUUGCCGCGUUAUUUUUAAACAAAUUUUCGCGUUUCUUGACUCGCCAAGGACGACAACAACACUUCGUGACCCCCCCCCAAAUGCCACCAAAGAAACGCAACACACAACAACGUGGUGAAGGAGACGGUGAAGAACCAUUUCAAGCUGUCAUUCUCGCUGAUACCUAUGAUGAUCAGUUUCUUCCCAUUUCAAACGAAAUGCCACGGUGCUUAAUGCCUCUAUGCAACAUUCCCCUUAUUGAAUACACGCUUGAAGCUCUCGCCAUUACCGAUGUUCAAGAAGUCUUUAUCGUAUGCACUACCCAUAUUGACAAGAUCAAAGAAUACUUUGAGCAAUCGAGUUGGUUACAACCACAUAGUCCACUAAGUGUUCAAAUCGUCCAAUCACCCGAAGCAAUGUCCGUCGGUGACGCUAUGCGCGAACUCGAUGCUCGACAACUCAUCACGAACGACUUUAUUCUGACCUUUGGCGACCUUGUUUCCAACAUUAAACUCGAUAAAAUCAUGGAAACGCACCGAGCACGCAAAAAGACUGAUAAACACUCGAUCAUGACUAUGGUAUUGAAGGAAGCUGCACGCAUACACACGAGCCGCGCCAAGGAUGAUUCAAGUGUAUUCGUGCUUGAUCCAAACAACAACCAAUGUCUAUUCUAUGAGCCUGUACAGGCACUGCCCCGAAAAGCCCGGAUCGAGGUUUCGCCCGAAGUUUUUGAAAACCAUGCCCAAUUUGAAUUCCGUAAUGAUUUGGUCGAUCCAUUUUUGGAUAUCUGCUCGGUUGAAGUCCCUGCAUUGUUUACAGAAAACUUUGACUGGCAAAAAUUGCGAAGCGAUUUUGUUCACGGUAUUUUGACGUCGGAUAUCCUUGGCAAACGAAUCUAUACGGAGAUCAUCUCGGAGCCAUAUGUUGCUCGCAUACAAAAUGAGCAACUGUAUAGUACUGUCAGUAACCAUGUAUUAAAUCGCUGGGUGUUCCCCAUCGUCCCUGAAACAAAUCUUCAUCAAAACGACAAUUAUCAAUUCUUACGCGGCAAUAUCUACAACGCAUCAGAUGUCAUUUUAUCCCGCUCAUGUAUCAUAGACGAAAACGUGCAAAUUGGAUCAGGUUCAGUUAUCGGCGAAAACUCGCGUAUCGCAAACUCGGUCAUCGGUCGUAACUGCAGCAUUGGCGACAAUAUUGUGCUCGAUGGCGCAUAUAUUUGGGACAAUGUCACUAUUUUUGCAAACAGCGUCGUUACGCGUUCUAUUCUUGCCAACAAUGUGACGCUGAUGGACAACACAACGGUUCGUGAUGGAUGCAUCAUAUCAACCGACGUUACCUUGGGACCUGAUGAAGAUGUUCCAAAGUACUCUCGAUUGAGCUUACAACCACAGCCCAAGACGAGCAUAUUUGCUGAUGAUAGCGAUGAAGAGGAGGAAGCAAAGGAUCAACCUGUACUAUCUAACAAUAACCAUCCUGAUGUAUACUUUUGGACCGAAAGAGGAGGUGAUGACGACGAUGUUGAUAUUCGGAAUAUUAACUUGGGAUCAUUGGCUUAUGACAUGGCUGACCUGAAGAUCAACGAUGGCGAACUUAGCGACAGCGCAUCUGAGGUUGGAGAAGUAUCUGAUGAUGAAGACGACCAUUCGGAUAACGACAUUGCUGGAUCGUUUGGUGCCGGAUGGGAUACUCAGGGUGCUAGCAAGUUGGCCGAAUUCAAGAAGGAAGUAGCACAGACCAUUGAGCGCUCUCUUACCGAAAAACAUACUGUGGAUGAAACAUCGCUUGAAAUCACGGGUCUGCGUAUGGCACAUAAUGGAACUUAUGAUCAAGUACGAGAGGUAAUGAUUCCGAUGUUGUUGGACCAUGUGGACGUUUCCAAGAAUGCUGUGGGCAACAUGCGAGCAAUGUUGGAAAAAUGGUCUCCGGUUAUUAGCAAGGGCUUGGAAGAUCAGGUUCAUGUAUUGCGCAUAUUCCAGCGACACUGUGCAGAGACUGACGCAUUAUCUAAGCUCUUUGUUGGUAUUUUGCAAAUCUUGUAUAACGAAGACAUCGUUGAAGAAGAAUCGGUACUGAGAUGGUAUGCUUCGGAUGCAUCCAAGAACGGCUCAUCAGCUGAAGUCAAGCUGAGAGAACGUGCAGCCAAGUUUGUGGAUUGGUUGCAAGAGGCGGAGGAAGAGUCUUCAGAUGACGAUGAGGACAGCGAUUAAUUAUAAAAUAAAACCUACAAAAGUACCUAUUUUUCUCUGGUUCACAU